UUCCCACGCAUCCCACCUUCCCAAAAAAAAAAACAAAAAACUGGUUCAAAGACAGAACCUCCGGCAGAAAGCAGCAAAAUACUUCCAACAACCACCCACUCCCAUCCUCCCUCUUUGAUCCCCAAUUCCCUGUUCUCCUCCGCUCCUUCCAAAACCGCCUCUUUUCUCCCUGAAAACCCCCGAGACCCCCUCCUUCCUCAUGGCCACCUUAUCCCUCCUCCCCUCUUCCUCCUCCUCCCUCAAAUCCUCUUUUCUUCGCCGCCAUGCCCUCGCCUUCCGUCCCUCCCUCCUCACCUCCCCCUGCCGCCACCUCAUGGCCCCCAUCCGAGCCCUCUCCUCCCCUUCCCCCUCCCCACCAGGCGCCCUCACCCAGGACGACCUCAAGAAGCUCGCCGCCGUCAAGGCCGUUGAGUACGUCACCAGCGGCAUGGUCCUUGGCCUCGGCACCGGCUCCACCGCCGCCUUCGUCGUCGCCGAGAUCGGGGCCCUCCUCACCUCCGGCAAGCUCACCGGCAUCGUUGGCGUCCCCACCUCCAGGCGCACCUUCGAGCAGGCUAAGUCCCUCGGCAUCCCCCUCUCCACCCUCGACGAUCACCCCUGCCUUGACCUCGCCAUUGAUGGUGCUGAUGAGGUGGACCCAGAUCUUAAUCUCGUGAAAGGACGUGGAGGGGCUCUUCUGAGGGAGAAGAUGGUAGAGGCUGCAUCGAAUAAAUUUGUCGUGGUUGUGGAUGAGACAAAACUCGUCCCUGGUUUGGGUGGGAGUGGGUUGGCAAUGCCGGUGGAAGUUGUGCAGUUCUGUUGGAAGUAUAAUCAUACGAGGUUGCAAGAGAUAUUUAAAGAAGAAGGAUGUGAGGCAAAGCUAAGAUUGGAUGCUGAUGGAAAACCUUAUGUUACUGACAAUUCAAACUACAUUGUGGAUUUGUACUUUAAAACACCAAUUAAGGAUGCACCAGCUGCAGGAAAGGAAAUCUCGGCCUUGGAAGGGGUUGUAGAGCAUGGGUUGUUUUUGGACAUGGCGAGCGCUGUUAUUAUUGCAGGGAAAGAUGGGGUAAGCAUCAAGUCAAAGUGAAUUUAUCAGGAGAUAUAGGUAAAAUUGUAAAUUGACCUUUCUUCCUUCUUCAAAUAUGGCUGAGUCAUAUUUUUGGUCACCAUUAUGUUCUAAUGGGCUGGAUGUGGUUUCCUUCAAUUGAAUAAAGAAAUAAUGAGGGAUUUAUUAUGUUCAAAAUGAACUCAUUGUUAAUUUUGAUUUUUAAUGUUUCAUUCUCUAGAUGACCUCCAAAUGCUCAAAAUAAAGGAGGGAUUUGUGUUGUGCUUAUGCAACCACCAUCUGUGGAAGUUAAAAGAACUAAUAAUCAUAUCUUUUCA